UGGAUCAAUGACACCAAGGGUAGAGGUUUCCAGCUGACAGGACGUGUAGGAGACUCGUCGGAAGCAAAUACGUCUUUCAAAUCGGAGUGAGAAAGAAAGAAUGGGAGAAAGUGCGUGGAAGGUCUGUCUUAAGUGGCCCGUAAUGACUGCCCGUUCUCGUAAACACAAUGCACCCGGAUAGUCAAACACGGCAAGUGCGACGCCACUCUCUUCAUAUGAUAUGGGCUCCUUCGAAGUGCACAGAAGCCAACCAGCGCCCAAGGCAUUCUAUCGCCAUAUUGCUGGUUGCAUGUGCAAAGGUGGGGGUGCUGUCACAGCAUCGGCCAUCCAAAACGGUCAAACCGCCCGUGCGAAGAUAAGACGCCGUCAACGGCUGACAUGUGAAAGCCCAAGUUGGCGCCGUUGCAAUGCUUUGAACUUUUCCGUUUCCCGCUUUGGCGGAGUCAGACCAUUCCAAUCGGACUGCAGUGGUACAUCAUGGCGAGGGUGCUUGAUGCCACUGGAUGCUUUCGGUCAGCGAGAUGCUUGGCGAUCUGGGAGUUUUGGGCAGUCCACCCAAAUAUCGACGUGCGCGCUAUCUUACGUGCCAAAUAACGUGCUAUACGAAGCUGACGGUGCUGUCUCAAAUCGUCGAGUGUAUUGCUGUUUUCCAAUUGCCAGACCGGGAACGAAAGUCGUCGAUCAAAAGUCUCAGGUCGUGUCAUCCAGUUGAAGCACUGUGCUUGGCAUCGAGGAUCCCACCAGCAAAGCCCCACUUUGAGCCACUGCGAUCUCGGAUCCACACCGACGUAACCUUCG